GUGUACGCGCGCGUGUGUGUGCGCCAGUGGGGGAACCGUCUGAGUGCGCCUCGGAGCGCAUUAUCCUCUCCGUCAUCUCUGCGACUCCGUGGAAGCGGACACGAGUGCGAUGCUGGGGGUCUGACAGCCGCUCUUUCCAACGAGGUCGAACCACUGAGACGUUCUCAUCGUCAGCGAGGAAGACACGGGGAGUGACGCAUCAGCACGGGAUUGUUAAAGCGCUGGGAAACUUUGGUGGCGCUCAUCUCUGUGGCGGACUGUGGAUUGCCUGUGAUGGAAUCAGCUGGAGGGGCAUGAUGGACUCUUUGUCAUUUGUCGUCAAGUGGCAGAAAACCCCCCCCUCGUAAAGGUCUUCCUGGGUUGUGAGCGCGUGCGAAGUGCAGCCCGCGGCGGUUCCGGCGACACCGACGAGGGGCACGUUUAACUUCGGGACCGAACCCUGAAGCGAUUCAUUCAUUCCGAACUUGUUGAGCUUUGGCACCAUUGAGGCUUGAAGAGAUCGUCGAAUUGCCGCACAGGACCAGGAUCAUGACUGACAGCCAAGCAAGCUGAGGAGACCUGCCACUCAUCUUCCUUCCAAACGUGUCAGAGGGCUAUCUCCUUCUCACCUCCCUUCUGUCCGCCUUCACCUCCACUGGCCUCCUCCCUCUCUAGAACCUUUUAAUAUCUCGAUGGGACGGUAACUUCACCACCACGCACCACACAGAGAAAAAAAAAGGACGUUUCAGUAAACUCUUAACAAGGCAGCCUUUGUAAUAGAACCAGUGCCGCGCCUGAGAGGAGUCUGACAUGCCCCCUUACUCUGGCUGAGUGAGUGCGAAGAGAGGGAAGAAAAGGGGAUUGUUGUCGUCGAGCUUCAUAAGGAUACACCUUUGGGGAAGGGUGGAGAAGGAAGCAGUCAUGCGUUUUUGUUUGGCCUUGGCGCUGCAAGCCCUAUGGACAACUGUUUGCCAAGCAGCCAUGCAGCACUACCCCGCAGCAUGGGGCCACUACGAUGUGUGCAAGUCCCAGGUGUACUCAGAUGAAGGCCUUACCUGGGACUACAUGGCAUGCCAACCUGAAGCAGCUGACAUGACUCAGUUCCUGAAAGUCACACUGGACCCACCCAACAUCACGUGUGGAGACCCUCCGGAGACGUACUGUGCCCUGGAAAACCCCUACAUGUGUAAUAAUGAAUGUGAUGCCAGCACAGAAGAGCUGGCCCACCCCCCGAAGCUCAUGUUUGACAUAGAAGGCCGCAACCCUACCACCUUCUGGCAGUCCUCAUCCUGGAAGAAGUAUCCGAAACCUCUCCUGGUCAACAUCACGUUGUCCUGGAACAAGACCAUCGAGUUGACCGACGACAUCGUCCUCACUUUUGAGUCAGGCCGUCCGGAACAGAUGGUCCUGGAAAAGUCUUUGGAUUACGGACGGACCUGGCAGCCCUACCAGUUCUACGCCACCGACUGCUUGGAUGCCUUCACCAUGGAGCCCAAGACGGUGCAGGACUUGACGCAGCACACCCUUCUCGACAUCAUCUGCACGGAGGACUACUCCCGAGGUUAUGUGUGGAAGUAUGACAAGACGGUUCGCUUUGAGAUCAAGGACCGUUUCGCUCUGUUUGCCGGGCCCCGACUCCACAACAUGGCAUCACUUUAUGGGCAGCUGGACACCACCAAGAACCUGAGGGAUUUCUUCACCAUCACAGACUUGAGAAUUAGACUUCUUCGGCCGGCCACGGGAGCUACCAUGGUGGACGAGGACAAUCUGUCCAGAUACUUCUACGCCAUUUCUGACAUCAAAGUACUUGGACGGUGCAAGUGCAACCUUCACGCCAACAGCUGUGUCUAUGACAAAGAGAAGUUGAGCUGCGAGUGUGAACACAACACCACUGGGCCAGACUGCGGACGCUGUAAGAGGAACUACCAGGGUCGAGCGUGGAGUGCUGGCUCCUACCUGCCUAUCCCGAAGGGCACAGCAAAUAUCUGCAUUCCAAAUAACAUUGGUCCAGUUAACUGCGAAUGCUUCGGCCACUCCAAACGAUGCAGCUACAUCGAGCUGCUAAACACCGUCAUUUGCGUGAGCUGUAAGCACAACACUAGGGGGCAGCACUGCCAGCAAUGCAAGCUGGGCUACUACCGCAAUGCCUCUGCAGAACUGGACGAUGAAAAUGUGUGCAUAGAGUGUAAUUGUAAUCCAUUUGGCUCAGUCACUGAUCGCUGUAAUGGCACAGGAUUUUGUAUAUGUAAGGAGGGUACGACAGGGCCCAAGUGUCAAGAGUGUCUACCCGGCUAUUUGUGGGACAAUGGCUGCAAAUCCCGGGUCUGUGACAACGAGCUCCUCCGCUGCCAAAACGGUGGGGUGUGCGUCAACAACGUCCGCUGCAACUGUCCCGCAGCCUUCACCGGCCUGCUGUGCGAGAAGCCCCGCUGUGAGUCGCAGCUCGGAGGAUGCGCCGGUGCCAGUUCUGGUCAAGGCCUCCAGACGCCUCCGACUUCUCCCAGGCUUCUCACUCUCCUCCUGCUGGGCUGGACGCUUCUGAGAGACGCCUCAUGUCGACCGGCAGUGCUUUAAAAGGACCUCUGGCCUGGUGGAAGAGAGGGACCUAUUGCCUCGACCUCCAUCCUCCCCCCAUCUUCCUUUCGAUAGAUCAUCCAUUACGAGCUUUCUGGACUGUGCUGUUCGAGCUUCUUCGCUGCCAGACUCAAUGGACACCUGCGUUAAAGGGAAUGUGCCGGACAAAGAAGAGCAUAGAUUUUUAUUUACUUUCAAAAGAUAUAUAGAAUAAAGAGAACAUUAACUAAGAAAAAAAAGAUCUCAUUUAAAAUGAACAAAUGAGCGUUUGCCUGUUGAGAGUUGAAGAACAAUUUCGAACCCGCCCCCACCCCCCAUUCCCCGACUCCUGUCCAUCCCAUCCAAGUGCACACGGACCUCUCAGAAGGGACUGAUACGGAAGACAGACUGGGGCGCUUCCUCUGCCAUCGCCACGGCAACAACAGCUAUGACCAAUCCGCUCAAACGCGAGCCAGCCAUGGCCGCCGAUACCCGCUGGGACGCUCAUGUGGCUGCACAGGACUGGACUGAUGCGUGCGAUAACUUUAGGCCCAGCUGAACGGCUGAACGGUCUCCUUCCAGUCCGAGACAAACACAGAGGAGGAAAAAAAUAGAAUCAUUCUUUGCUGUCAGUGCAUUGUGGAUCGAAGGAAAUUUGUCUGGAUCGCAGCUUUACGUCACAAAAACCUUGAUUCCGCUUGUCUCCAAACAAGCGCCGGCUCUCUUCUCUCCACCCCUCGCCAUGCCGCCACUGACCUGUGCUUUCGUGAACGUUACUGUGUAAACCCUCGUUGGUUGGAUUUCUUUUCGUCCGAUGUUAGUGAUGCACAUGUGUACGAAGUCCCGCCCUCAUCUUCCUCCUUCCAAAGUAAUUCUCCAAUAAAGCCGUCCGAUUCUUUUCGAGGCUCCGCCUCCGAGGGGAUUCUUUUCACCCGGGAAAAAAGAAGUGCUUAACAACCCGUCAGUGUGUUUGCAAGUUAUUUAAUCAGCAGCGCGAGCCAGAGAAAGUCAUUUACUCCUUUUGUAUCUUUGCCGAACUGUGAUUGGAACAAGGCAACCGUAAAUGUAUCUAUGACUGACAUCAUAGACAUUUCUAUUCCUGUUUUUCUUUUUUUUAUUAUUAUUUGUUGAUUCAACGACUUUUAGUUGUGCAGUUCAUUUUCCGUUGUAUUGACAAUGUGCUGGCAUCGAAGAUCGGUUUUCAAAUACAGUGUUAAUGAAGUGUAAUAAAAUCCCACCAAAGGACAUUCUAAAUGUUUUGUUCUUGCUCUAUCAUUUGACGA